AUGGCAACCAAGCAAACCGAGCCGGUCACUGUCAUUAGCCUCCGGAAGUUGAGCCUGGAGACCCCAGAGUCCCAGCCAAAAGAGUCAAAGACAUUCACCGUGGAAGAUGCCGUGGAGACCAUUGGAUUUGGACGUUUCCACAUUGCCCUCUUUCUGAUCAUGGGCAGCACGGGGGUUGUUGAGGCCAUGGAGAUCAUGUUAAUAGCAGUUGUGUCUCCUGUCAUCCGCUGUGAAUGGCAGCUGGAGAACUGGCAGGUGGCAUUAGUGACUACGAUGGUGUUUUUUGGCUACAUGGUGUUCAGCAUCCUCUUUGGCCUCCUGGCUGACAGAUACGGCCGCUGGAAGAUUUUGCUCAUCUCGUUCCUAUGGGGAGCCUACUUCUCCUUGCUGACCUCUUUCUCUCCGUCAUACAUCUGGUUUGUCUUCCUGCGGACGAUGGUGGGCUGUGGCGUGUCUGGCCAUGCACAAGGGCUAAUCAUAAAGACUGAGUUUUUGCCAACAAAAUAUCGAGGCUACAUGCUCCCGUUGUCUCAGGUUUUCUGGCUGGCUGGCUCCCUGCUUAUAAUCGGCCUGGCCUCCGUGGUCAUCCCCACCAUCGGGUGGCGCUGGCUGAUUCGCAUCGCCUCCAUUCCAGGCAUCAUCCUCAUCUUGGUCUUCAAGUUUAUUCCUGAGUCCGCUCGCUUCAACGUCUCCACCGGGAACACUCAGGCUGCCCUUGCCACCCUGCAUCACAUCGCCAAGAUGAACCGCUCGGUCAUGCCGGAGGGGAAGCUAGUGGAGCCCAUCCUGGAAAAAAGAGGAAGAUUUGCAGACCUCUUGGAUGCUAAAUAUUUACGGACCACAUUACAGAUCUGGGUCAUAUGGCUGGGAAUCUCUUUCGCCUACUACGGGGUCAUCCUGGCCAGUGCCGAGCUGCUGGAGCGCGACCUGGUGUGUGGCUCGGGGGCCAAGUCCGAGUCCCAGUCUGAGGUGGCCGUAACCCUGCCGGACACAGAGGAAAGCCACAGCCCCUGCCACUGCCACAUGUUUGCUCCCUCCGACUACAGGACCAUGAUUAUCAGCACUGCUGGCGAAAUUGCUUUGAAUCCUCUCAACAUCCUGGGCAUUAAUUUCCUGGGAAGGCGGCUGAGCCUUUCUGUCACCAUGGGAUGCACAGCCUUAUUCUUCCUUCUCCUCAAUAUUUGCACAUCAAGCGCUGGCCUGAUUGGCUUCCUCUUCAUGCUGAGGGCUUUGGUGGCAGCCAACUUCAACACCAUCUACAUUUACACUGCUGAGGUCUACCCCACGAUGAUGCGCGCUUUGGGGAUGGGGACCAGUGGCUCCCUAUGUCGGAUUGGAGCAAUGGUGGCACCGUUUAUAUCCCAGGUUCUUAUGAAUGCCUCACUCCUGGGAGCCCUGUGUCUUUUCUCAUCGGUCUGUGUUGUAUGUGCCAUUUCUGCAUUUACUCUCCCCAUUGAGACCAAAGGACGGGCCCUGCAGCAAAUUAAAUGAAGACCUGUAAACCAAUGUCUACCAGAGAAGAAAAAUGCACUUCAUCUUCACGAAGAGCUGUGGCACAUUUUUAAAAAUUUGGUUUAUU